AUUAAGGAAAUUCGGACCAGUAAAGUAAAUGGUUUAAGAAUAUUAGACUGUGGCUGUGAGGCCGUACACAUACCAGUCGGAGGUGGGCAUGAGGACGACCACGAUUCCUUCGAAAAGUCGCCACAAUCCCUCUGCUGUUUCUGUUCACUUCAGCCCUCUCUCUCUUUCCCUUCCCUCUGUAAAACUCCUCCUAACAAUCCUUCCUUCCACUGUUCCCUCUUCUGCUUCUUCUUCUCUACUUAUCCCUCUCCUCCCCGAUCUUUCUCUCCACUUUUGUUUUUCUCUCUUCACUCCAAGCUCUUACACUUGUUGGAUACAUGGAUGAUAAUUACUGCAGGUCCGACGCUCAUGGCCUCCGCCUCCAGUCGCCCGACCCGGAUGAAAUCGGGUCGCAUCGGUUCAUCAAGACCCAGAUCGCCAAUCAUCCUCUUUAUCCUACUUUACUCUCUGCCUACAUAGAGUGCCAAAAGGUCGGAGCCACCCCAGAAAGAUUAUCCCUUCUUGAAGAAAUAGGGCAGGAACAGCACCUCGUCAAUACUCCUAUGAUAGGCGACGACCCUGAACUUGACAAGUUCAUGGAGUCAUACUGUGGAGUCCUGCACAGAUACAAAGAGGAGCUGUCCAAGCCCUUCAACGAGGCCGCCUUGUUUCUCUGCACUAUGCAAUCAAAACUCAGCAAUCUUUGCGACGGAACAUUCACAAUUUCCUCGGCUCCUUUCUCUGAUGAGGCAAGUGGGAGUUCAGGGAAGGGAAUAAGUUGUGGGGAUGGAGAAGCAGGCGAAGGUGAUGCAGGUGAUCGGGAGCUAAGAGAAAUGCUGGUUCGCAAGUACAGUGGCUACCUUGGAAGUUUGAGGAAGGAGCUGUUGAAGAAGAAGAAGAAGAGUAAGCUUCCCAAGGAUGCGAGGACAGCUCUCCUUCAAUGGUGGAACUCCCACUACAGAUGGCCUUAUCCUACGGAAGAGGAGAAGCUGAAGCUAUCAGAAAUGACGGGACUUGAUCAGAAGCAGAUCAAUAAUUGGUUCAUCAAUCAGAGGAAAAGGCAUUGGAAGCCAUCCGAAGAUAUGCGUAUCUCUCUCAUAGUGGAAGGCGUGAGUGGUGGCCGCGUAGGUUGAGAGCAC